AUGGUCGCGAAUCGGCUCACUUGGACUUUGGCUUUGGUCGCUCUCAUUGUUGCGACACUUUGGAGCUUGCCGUUGGGCAAUACUUCCUUGCCACGGUCCGUGAAUCUCCUCACGGCCACAGUCGGCGAUCUUUCUGCCCUCUUGGGCUCUGGGGCCAUUAGUAGCGCUCAACUCGUCGAAGAAUGUCUUAGUCGCAUUCAACGUCACGACAAGAAUGGCCUUCGUUUGAACUCGGUCCUCAGCCUCGUUUCUCGCGACCAGCUUCGGUCUACCGCCACAGGCAUUGACAGUGAGCGCCGUCACGGUGUCCAAGAAAGCGCUCUAUUUGGCGUUCCGGUCCUGGUCAAGGACAACUUUGCGACAGACCCGUCACUCGGACUGCCUACCAGUGGGGGCGCCUAUGCAUUUGCUAAUGUCACUACUAAGCACGAUGCUACCGCAAUCCAUCAACUUCGUAAAGCCGGAGCCAUCAUUCUUGGCAAAACGAACCUUGAUGAGUUUUGUGGCCUCAAGGGCGACAAUCUAGGCUCCGGAUGGUCUAAAGUAGGCGGAUCGACACGCUCCGCCUAUACUUUCGACUCCCCAUGUGGAUCUUCGGGUGGUUCUGCUGUUGCCGUCUCUGCCGGAUUUGUGCCAGUCGCUCUAGGUACUGAGACCGCUGGCUCCGUUACUUGUCCUGCAUCACACGCAGCUCUCUUCGGCUUCGUUGCCUCUAAAGACCUCGUCUCGAAUCAUGGUCUCUUUCCCGUUUCCACCUCCUUCGACAGACCCGGCAUUCUAGCCAAGUCAACGGUUGACUUGGCUAGCGUUCUCGGCAUCAUAGCUCAACCCAACGAGCCAUUGGCCCAAGAUAUCGCGAGCUCAAAUUACAAGAUUGCCGAUGGUGCUGUUUGGGCCGACUUUCGCCUAGGUCGGGCUGACCCGGAUUUCUUCGGCAAAGCUCAUGGUUCAUAUCACGAUAAGAUUGGCGAGGUCAAGAUGUACAAAGCCGUAUCAGAGGCUCUGCACCGGAUGGAAACCCUGGGUGCGGUUGUUAAUAUGAACGCAAGUUUCCCGAGCGCUGGACUCAUCCCACAAGCUUGGGAGAAGAUGCAGCCCAUAAUGCGUCGUGACAUGAAGUCUAGUUUUGCCGAUUUCUAUCUCGAGGCCAACAGCGCCCCUGUCAAAAACUUGAUCGAGUUAGUUGAGUACAACAAGGAACACUGGGCUGACUCCCUUCAGAAAGACGGCCUUCACUUUCCUCAGGGUCAAGAAGUUCUUGAGAAGAGCGCUGAAGAAGAAAGCAUUGAUGAAGCGGAAUAUGAGGGCAUUAUGAGCACGUUAUACACCUGGGCUGUCACAGAAGGCAUCGAGCAUGCAUUCAAAACACACCACGUCGACUUCCUGGUGACACCAGGUUGGUCAUGGAUAAGCAUAUACUCGACAAUUGCAGGUGCGCCCAUGGGAACUGUUCCACUCGGCAUAUACCUUAAUGGCCGACCAUUUGGCCUAACAUUUGUCGCUCGCAAAGGACAAGAUGCUAAACUUCUCCAGCUGAUGCAGUUGUACGAAAAGGCAUUUCCUUCGAGGCGGAUACCCAGUUCGAUGAGCUCGAGAUUGGCAAAUUUGGAUUUCCGACUCCGUGGCUAUAUCCUGUAG